AUGUCUGGCAAAUGCAACAUGAUCUGACAUGGAGGGAUUCAUAUCUAGGGCAUUUUGCUUGCUUCUGAAAACUACAUGACUAAUAUCUGCACGAGGGUACAAUGGUACAAUAUAUUGUCAAUAAAUAUGUGGACAGGCGAUUGCGGUGGUUAGAUUUCUAGGUGGAAAUCCAUAGUCAACCAUGACAGACACUUUGACAUCGCUAUUGAAGGAGCCGUCGGCAAAUAAACCAUCUCUAGCUGUUGGGAAAGUUAGUUCACAUUGGAAACUCUUAAAGUCCUUGAUAAAUACUGAUGAAGACAAUGGGAAACACGUUAAAGGCAUAGAUGUUGAUAAAUAUCCAAAAAUAAUUAGUCAUGGUAUUCACCAUCGAGGAAAAAUAAACAUAAAAAGUUCAAAAGAGCAGACGUUAGAGUUUGUGGCGUCUUUGUUGGAUUGUUAUGCUACUUUGAACAAUGAAGGCAAGAUUACAGUUGUUUCUCCAAGUGGAAAGACCAAGCGAAUCAAGUCUGAUGAAUGCUUCAAAGGGAUAGUAUUUUCGACAAAAUCAAAACAAUGUAUCUGCUGGGGUGAUAGUGACAAGUUAAAGUUGAUGAAUGAAUCAUUUAAACCUGUCAGUACAUCUCAAUCAGUUGCAAUUAUACAUUGUGCUGUGUACAACAAGUCAACACAUGAAGUUAUAACAGCAGGAGAUGGUAAUAUUACUUGUUGGAGUUUCCGUUAUGGCGGAAAGUUUCUAAUGCCUCGUAAAAUUGUAACGGAGAACUUGGAGAACUCUUCAGUUUCUGGGAUAUGUUUAGAAGACUCUUUAAGCAAGAGUCAACGUUGCUUUAUAUCUACUGGCACAAAUAUCGCGUCAUUCAAUAUUCUUGAAGGAAAAUGUCUAUCUUUUUUAAAAAAUAGACAUGCUCAAGAAAUAACCUGUUUGGUCUAUUUCAACCCACGCAAGUUCCUAAUAUCAGCAGCCAGAGACGGGUCUAUUAAAGUCUGGAACGAUGACGGGAGUUUAGGAAUUGCGUUCGUAGGACAUCAUGGUUGUGUGAACAGUUUAGCAAUCUAUCCAUUUGGUCAAUUUAUUCUCUCAGCAUCGAGUGAUAUGACAUUGCGUGUUUGGAGUUUAGAAGCAAAAGAUGAAGUAGAUCGAAUGCAAUGUGACUAUCCGGUAAAAGGCAUUGAAACUGUCAUUGGAAAAGAUAAUCUGUAUUCAUUUACGCCACAAGGAAUUGAUUUGUGGAAAAUCAAACACAUUCACACUGAGCAGACAUUAAUUGGUUGCAAAAUAAAGAGUUUAAAACAAACGACACAUCCUAAGUUUCCACUACGCAUUGUAUGUGUUUGUGCGGAUGCUGCUGUUCGCCUUAUUUCUGGUAAAACUGGUGAUAUAAUAACCACAUUUCUGGUUCCUGAUCUUACUACAGUAACUGAUGCAGUUUACUCGGCGGGAGAAGAUUUACUGUUUACGUUACUUAUCAAUGGAAAGAUAUUAAAAGGUUCAACAGACACAAAUCCUAGUUCGUUGCUGGAAGUCUGGGAAUGCAAAGACUUGACGAGUCCUUGCACGUGCUUGUGUCUCUAUGAGUACAUUAUCGAGGAUCUGUUGGCAGACACAACGUGGCAAAAUGUCGUCCAAGCUGCUAAAGUUAAGAAAGCCGGUGCAUCUUUAGCAAACGACAUUGAUGAUCGAACACUGUUGUUGGGCGGGUGUGUCGAUGGUAACAUCGUCGUGUUUGACUGGAAAGAUAAGAGAAACCCAGGAAAAGUAAUAUUCAAAAUUGAGGGUCAUCGUGAUGAGAUAGUUGGCAUGAUAUCGAAUCCGAAAAUUGAUCGUGUUGUGUCAUCUGGCCUGGACAACGUUGUAAAAAUUUGGCGUCUUUUCCCUUUUGCUGAAGAGGCGUUAGCUCCAUUGAUGACUCUAUAUUUUGAUGAGCUGCCACGUCAUCUCUGUGCAUCACAUCAUAGAUUACUGGUAGCUCUUUAUGAAAGAUCACGAGCUAAUUAUGCCGUCACAGUUUAUAAGACAACACAUAAAGAGCGGUUCGACCAUCCCACUGAGGACGACCACAACGAUGAAGUGAUAGCCGUGAGCAGUUGUUUAAAAAUGAGGUUGUUUGCGACUGUUAGUUUAGACGCAACCGUUCGCAUUUGGGAUGAAAGCAAUCGUUUAAAGCGAGUCAUAAAAUUGAAUGCUACUCCUUCAGCGUUGUGUUUUUGCAGCGAACGUGGUGAUAUUAUGGUCGCUAUUGGAAAUUCUCUUCAUCGAAUCAAAUAUGCAAAAUAUCUUCCUCAAUCGUAUGUCUACAGAAUGGUUGGGAUGGAAUUCAGAGAUUUUUCUGCUGAUUCAGUCAUUUCAAUCGACGAGACAAUAUUGAAAAGUCUUAGUACUGUGGACCAGCAACGUUUAACAAAAGCCCGUGUAUAUUCUUCUGGGAAUGCAUAUGAACCAGAUCCACUGACAGAUCGUGAGAAUGAAGAAAAAAAACAAGAAGCAAAACAUCGUGCAUUGGAAAUGGAGAAAAUCCAGGAACGAGAAAAUGACCUAAAGAAAUUACGAGAUGGAGAACUUCAUAGCUCGAAAAAGAAACCAAAAUUGGACGAAAAUUUACAAAAUGAAGCCUUUGAAAGAUAUCUAUCUUUGUUUUAUAAUAGAACAUCAAUUACCUUACCAGAAAACUCUGAUAAUGGGAGUGACAUUCCCUUAUACCAAGAUAAAGAUGUUUAUAUUCCAGAUGCGAAACCUAAUGGAUUUUUCUGCAUUGAUCAUCAGUCUUCAUUUAAAUACAGAAAUACUAUAGAGAAUGAGGACGAUUCUAGCGUUUCACAGUCUGCUGAUACAGACUUACCUGAGAACAGGUCAAGAUCACAAUCCCUGCCUAUCAUAAAUGAAGAACCACCGUGCUUAGAAUAUGAGAAGAAUUUUGUAUUGGAAGACACUAGUGUUGAGUUGUCAGGGGACAGAACUGAAUCAUUCCCAUCACCAAUUGAUAAGAACAAACAAAAGACAAAACGUAAAAGUAAAUCCGCAGACAAGAAAUAUAAAAAUCGUGUACAAAAGGAAAUCGUUGUAGGAAAAUCUCCAGGAAGUUAUCCAGUUCCUGUUGACGCAUUACAAGACGUCUCUCGUGAGUGUACUGAGCUUGCAAUGGUUGAAGACGAAAAUGGUAAACAAUACGAGGCAAUAUUGAUUGCACCUGAUGGAUAUAUUCCUAACUCGGUUGUCGCGGCUUUAUUUGAUGACAUGAGAAAUAAGAAAGAACCAGAAGUACAAGAGGAAAUUAUACCGUACAGGCCGCCACAGUUGACAAUGGCUCAAUUGUUGGAAAUAAAAGCAGGUGCAAAGAUAACGGUAUCGGAAGCAAAUUCUGAGUUUAGUACGGAAGAUGGUAUUUUACCGACAGUAAACAAGAUCGAUUAUGAAGAACAGUUACGACGUGUCUUGCGAGAUAGUCCAUCACCUGAAAUACUGUCUGAUGAAGAAUUUAUAAUGCCUCCAGAAUCGCCACCAGCAGAAACUACGAACACGAAGAAACCGCUGUUAAAAUCUGCAACAGAAUAUUUUGCCACCAGAAGUCCUUUAAUAAGAAGUCCCUUGCCUGUUUUAAGGAAAAGUACUUCACUCUUGAGUGAAACCAAAGAUGAACCAAUUGCAAGCAAUAGUUUCGACGUGCCACCACUUGCACAGGCUCCUGAGCCAGCGGUCAGAGUGAGCCGAGCGACAACACCAUUACCUAUCGAGCAAGCUCAACUGCCAGAUUUUAUAUCACAGUUUAAAGGGCUUAAAUGGUUCGAUAAAUUAUUUCCCAAUGCUAAUCCAUCGACGUUUCCUAAACCAUGGACAAUUGACGCGUUUGUUGAACUGCUGCUCAUUUUUCUAUCAAAGACUCCAGAUUACGAUAUGAAACACCAUAUUUGCGCUGCAAUAAUUUUACUUCGUGGUCAAGAGUCAUUUGACGACGGGUGUGUGAAACAGAUUUUGAAAGCUUUAAUAGAAGAAUUGAACAUAUCAAGUGGUUCUCUAACGACCUGGAACUUGGAAACAAAACAAUUUGUUCGAUCAGCUCUACAACUGUUAAAAAUGAUGAAUAAAUAUACACUCGAAGUUGUUGCAGAGUUCAUGUCACACUUUAUCUUGGGUGAUAAAGAAAUAAGGGCAUUCGUUGCCGAUAUUUUCCAUGAGAUUGGAGUUCAAGAGGCAGACCGCUAUUUCUUUCGAGAGUUGGACGAGUUUGACACCUGGGGAGUGCCAGAAAAUACAGUGAAGUCUCAUAUUCACAGACAAUGUCUUAACUGGUUAGAUAAAUGGUUAACACAAUUUAAAGAACACAUACGAUCAUUGGCAGGAAAGAUCAACCGUGCACGCAGUGGGCAAGUUGUGAGGGGCACUAAAAAUCCGAAGACACCUCCACAGGUCAAAGGAAUUUUAAAGGGAAGAGAGUCAAAGACGAAGGAAAAACAAACGGGAGUUUCCUGGAAUUUCCAAACAAUGGGCGACGCAGCAGCAGACAAGGCACAUGCUAUUGACGCAAUCAAUUAUUUCUCGGAAAUGCAACUUCAAUCUGAAAUAGAAAACGCAAAAGCCAGAAGAUAUUCCUUGAAACGACCCGACGGAGAGGACGAAAAAGCAAGAAAUACUGUACUUAUAUUACCUUCCAUUCAUACGAAGCCAAGUCUUGCCCGAUUAGGUGAAACACAUUGCAGUCACUGUCACCCAGAAAGGGAGACUGCGCUGUCCUAUGGAUUUAGAUUACCACCAAUCCACCAGCAGACGUCUAUUAUAGUAAACAACAUUGCAUUACGUCUAAAGACAAUCACAUUAAAUCCCUUUCCUGCGAAAAAUGAUGAAAAGAUCUACGAAAGUUUUCAACAUCAUGAACUUUUAACUUUACGAUCUGCGCAGAAAUAUUUUAUCCCCUCGCGAUCAUACGUUCAACCAGAGACUGUUAAAUGAUCGCUUCGAAGAAUCAAUUAUUCUGCUGACUGUGCAUGCAUUGUCCGACAUUUUCUAGACAUAAAAUUUGUACAAAUUCUUGAAGUGUCAGGUAUUGCUCUUUGCGACUUACUGGCUACAAAGACGUAAAUAAUUUAUUUUAUAUCUGAUAGUGAUACCAUGCACUCUUACGUUUGAUAAACGCGUUGCCUUUCGCCUAAAUCAGCUGGCUGCAAUAUUUUCUAAUCAGAAUAAAUAUUGAUGGUUUGUGAAACAGUCAAUAUUUGUGGCUCAUACAAGUGAGCUGGUAUAGUUAUCCAAUAAAAUUUCAAACAAUUUUCUAAAUUCGUUUUUAAAUAACGGUAUCCGAGAUCUUAAAAUAGGAUGUUUA